AUGGAGAAACCAGAAGUCGUAAAGUCGGACUCCUCCUCCAAUGAUGCUCCGCGCAACCACUCCAUAACCUCCCACCGCUCAAUCAACAGCAUCCGCCACCAUGGCAAGCAAUCCAAGCGCGCCGCAGAAGUCGAGCGCAUCGAUGCGAUGGCCACCGCCCCCGGCGUGACCAUGGAAUCGUUCGCGCAUCUCGACGAGAAGAAGAUCCUGCGGAAGAUGGAUCUGCGCUUGAUUCCCAUGCUCGCCCUUUUGUACCUUCUUUCUUUCCUCGACCGUGGUAACAUUGGCAACGCGAAGAUCGAGGGCCUCGUGGAGGAUUUGGGCAUGUCACCUUCGCAAUACAAUUGGACGUUGACGGUGUUCUUCUUCUUCUACGCCGCGUUCGAGGUGCCUAGUAAUCUGCUGUUGAAGAAGCUUAGGCCGAGUAUCUGGCUCCCGAGUAUCAUGGUUGCGUGGGGGACUGUCAUGACGCUCAUGGGCCUCGUGCAGAACUACCAUGGGCUCUUGAUCGCGCGUAUUUUCCUCGGCAUCACGGAAGCUGGUUUGUUCCCUGGCGUCGCAUAUUAUAUCACCAUGUGGUACUGCAGGCACGAAGCCCAGUUCCGUCAAGCGCUGUUCUUCAGUGCCGCGUCCGUGGCUGGAGCUUUCUCCGGUCUCCUUGCCUUCGGAAUCGCGAAGAUGGAUGGAAUCGCAGGUCUGGAGGGGUGGAGGUACAUCUUCAUCCUGGAGGGCAUCCUUACGGUGGUUGUUGCGGUCAUUGCCUUCUUCACCCUGUACGAUUUCCCCGAGACGGCAGGAUUCCUGACUGAAGAGGAACGCGCGUUCGUUGUGUUCCGUCUGAAGUACCAGGGCUCUCAGGAGCACAAUGGUGUCCGCGUUGCGCAAGACGACACGUUCCAGUGGAAGUAUGUCAAAGCUGCUUUCCUCGAUUGGCAAAUUUGGACAAACAUCUGGGUGUAUUGGGGUAUGUUGAUUGAUCUUCAUUUCUAUGUGACAAAUCUGACUUUGGCAGGCAUUGUUUGCCCUCUCUACGGUAUCUCGCUGUUUCUCCCUACAAUCAUUAAUGGUCUUGGAUACACAUCUUCUCAGGCCCAGCUACUCACGGUUCCGAUCUACGUUACCGCAUCUAUUCUUGCCAUCGCUGUGGCCUGGUGGAGUGAUCGUGUCGGCAAACGGUAUCCCUUUAUUCUUGUAUGCCUGUGCAUCAUGCUUGUUGGCUUCGUCAUGGCCAUCUCGACCGGUACUCCUGGUGUCAUCUACGCUGGUGUCUUCAUCGCAGCCUGCGCGCUUUACCCAGCUUUCCCGGGUAACAUCACAUGGCUCAGCAACAACCUUGCAGGUUCGACCAAAAGAGCUACGGGGCAGGCUAUUCAGAUUGCCGUUGGCAACCUUGCGGGCGCGAUGGCUUCGAAUUUCUAUCGCGCGGCUGACAAGCCUCGGUACACAUUGGGCCAUGGCCUUGAAAUCGGCUUCAUUGUGGCGGGUAUAAUCGCACUCCUGUUCCUGGUCUUCAACUAUAAGCGCAUCAAUCGCAAGCGAGAGCGCCAGUUGGCCGAGGGCGCUCAUAAUGGUUAUACGCCGGAGGAGAUGAGCGCGUUGGGUGAUCGCGCAAUCACCUUCAAAUACUUCUUGUAA